GGGGAGAGGAGGGAUGCCCUAUAUAACCCUUUUUUACUUCCUCCCCCUCACCUCCUGCUUUUCUUUUCCCUUCUCCCCUCCUUCCUCUGUACCUCAAUUCUCUCUUUCUCUUCCUCCCACACUCAUUAUCUGGUAUUGUCCUGUGCCGUGCACGGUCAAUCAGUCAUUCCUUUCAGAAGUACCGCUUGACUACAAUCAAGCGCCACUGUCUUUUCUUUAUCCGACCAUCUUUAUUUCUAGAGAACCGGUCUUCUCUCUUUUUGCACCUGCAUUACAAAGUUUGAGGAACUACAGAGAAACAGAAGAAAAAAAAAAAAGUCUCAUCACAAUGGUCUCCUUCACAAAGCUCAUCACCGCCGGCCUCCUCGCCUCCACCGCUGUGGCCGCCCCCCACGCCCACAAGCACUCCCAUGUGCACGUCACGAAGCGCUCCUCCAGCAAGCGUGGUGCCGCCUACAACGACGCCUCGACCGUCGAGACCCUCGGCAGCAACGGCGCCAUCUCCUGGGCCUACGACUGGAACAUGAUCGCUAUGGGCACCCUUCCCUCGGGUGUCGAGUUCGUCCCCAUGCUCUGGGGCCGUAAGAUGUUCGGCGACUGGUUCACCACCAUCCAAACCGUGCUCGGCAGCGGCUGUAACUACAUCAUGGGCUUCAACGAGCCCGAUGCCAGCUCUCAAGCCGCCAUGACCCCCUCCGAAGCUGCCGAGUCCUACUCCACCUACAUCACACCCUACAGCGGCAAGGCCAAGCUGGUCACGCCCGCCGUGACCAACGGUGGCGGCGACAACAUGGGUCUCGGCUGGAUGCGCCAGUUCCUCGACGCCUGCAACGACUGCGGCAUGAGCGUGCUCGCCGUGCACUGGUACGGUGCCUCAGCCGACGAAUUCAAGACCUUCGUCCAGGAGGCCCAGCAGCUUGCGUCCCAGUACAACCUCCAGGAAACCUGGGUGACGGAGUUCGCACUCAGCAGUGCCAUGACCGCCGGCUCAGGUACUCAGGAAUCCACCGACUUCCUGAACGAGGUGGUCCCCUGGCUCGACUCGCAGAGCGGCAUCGGUCGCUAUGCCUACUACAUGUGUGCCGAUGGCUUCUUGCUGGAGGGCAGCGACCUGAGCGCCAGUGGAAAAGCCUACACUUACCAAUCCUGAUGGACAGAUUUCCCUUCGGUAAAUAUUUCUC